AUGAUGAUUACAAAGGAGUGUAGUGCCAUACUUCAGAAUCGCAUGCCAGAGAAGCUGAACGACCCAGGAAGUUUUGUUUUGUCUUGCAAGAUCGGUUCUACACACUUCCAUAGAGCACUUUGUGAUUUGGGUUCAAGUGUGAACCUAAUGCCUUACUCAGUGGCCAAGCUAUUGGGCAUCACUGACUUCAAACCUACAAAGAUCUCUCUAGUCUUUGCAGACAGAUCUGUUCGCCGCCCUGUUGGUGUUAUUAUGGAUGUUCCAAUCAUGGUUGGAGAUUGCUACAUCCCUGCUGAUUUUGUAGUUCUUGAGCUGGAACACCAACCUAAAGACCCUCUUAUCUUGGGAAGGCCAUUCCUAGCUACUGCAGGAGCUAUAAUAGAUGUCAAGAAUGGAAAGAUUGACUUGCAUCUUGGAGAUAUAGUGAUGAAUUUCGAAGUAAACAAGUCUAUGGAGAAGCCAACUGUAGAUGGUCAAGCUUUUUGGAUUGGAGAGCUCGCAGAGACAAGAGAAGAAGUGCUGGAUGAACUCCUUCUUAUUGAUCCCUUGGAGCUAGCUUUAACAAAAGCUGAGAAUGAGUAUGGAUACAUGGAAAGAGAAGCUCAAUGCUUAGUCAAGUUCAUGGAUUCAAAGGAAGCUUAUAAAGAGCUGAUAGCUUAUAUGGACUUAGAGAGAGAAGAGGAAGAGCCAGACAUUGACAAGAAUCAGGAAAUAUCACAAACCAAAGUUAAGUUCGACCCAUGGUGCCCACUUAGAGCUCCAAAAGCCGAGCUAAAACAACUCCCAGUUGGUCUAAGGUAUGAAUAUCUUGGUCCUAAUGAAACUUAUCUGUUAUUGUUAAUGCUGCACUACAAAAAAGAGACCGCUUUACUUGUUCGCGAACUGAGAAAGCAUAGAAAGGCUCUUGGUUAUUCUUUGGAUGAUUUAACAGGAAUAUCACCUGAGGUAUGCACACACCGCAUCAUCCUGGAGGAUGAGUCUAGUUCUUCAAUUGAACACCAAAGGAGGCUAAACCCCAACCUAAAGGAAGUUGUCAAGAAGGAAGUAAUGAAGCUACUGAAGGCUGGAGUGAUUUAUCCAAUAUCAGAUAGUGCUUGGGUCAGCCCUGUACUGAAAAAUGGUCGAUCAUUUGUCCACUUUCCACAUUCAAACCUGCCAAAAUCGUGA